CACGCUACUCCCUGCCUUUUGCAGAUGGAAGCGGUUUAAAAAUCGUAAUACAAACUGCUUGGUCCCAAAUAAACGAGACCUUUGCCAGUUGCACCCAGUUCUGAAAAAUAUAAAACGUCAAAAGUCAAAAUGACAAUCGAUCAUUGAGUGUCUGAGAGUGCGCGAUAUUCGUAGAAUAAUUUAUUUUAAAUAAUAAUUACCAUUUAUUUCAACGAUAGUGCAAAAAUGCGAUAGUUUUAAUAAAUAAUACUUGAACUCUUCAGUAAAUACUGCAUUUUAUAACCUGUGAUAUUUUUAUUUAACGUUCAAAAUGUUUAUGAUAACAGUUAUAGUUUUUAUUAUGUUUGAAGGAGUUUUUAUAAAUGGAAAUCAGAAUCUUUCACAAAAAACUGUAGACUUCUGGGAUGAAACUGAACCGUUUGGUCUAUCAAGUGCACCAUCACCAGACCUCAGACUCCCUUCCUACGUAGUGCCAAGUUUCUACAGACUGAAACUAAAAGCUGAACUAGAAAACUCCACUUACUCCGGGGACGUAUACAUUACUAUACGUGCCAGUCGGAGCACCAAAGAAAUUAUAUUACAUUCUAAGAACCUCAGUAUUAGUAGCAAUGCUAAGCUUACCGAACAAAUCUAUGAGAAAAUUGAGACGUUACAGUCUCCGAAAGUCAAGAGGGAUGUCGAGGCUGCGGUAACAGCUACUGAGAAUGUUACUGCUUUCGAUGUUCCUACGACUCCAGCUACUGUUGAUCAGAAUGCGACAGAGUCAACAGUGGCAGAAACAACAACGGUUGCCAGUAAUGAGACUACUUUAAAUAUGGAUACAACACAACCUCCGACUCCAGUUGAUACCGAAAUAACCCACAGUGCGGUACGGACCAUAAAAAUCCUGUCCAUAAUAGAAGGGACUGGUGAUAGACUACUAUUGUCUUUAGAGUCUGCUUUGAAAACUAAUGUGGAUUAUAUACUUCAGCUGUCUUUCGAAUCGAAGAUAUCCAACUCUUUGACUGGAUUUUACAAGAGUACAUACAUCAAUGAUAAACAUGAGGAAAAGAACUUAGGGGUCACACAAUUCGAGCCGACUUCGGCGCGAUCCGCGUUUCCUUGCUUCGACGAGCCGGCCUUCAAGGCUAACUUCGAAAUCAGUAUUGCACAUCCCGAGACUGUUACCGCCUUGUCCAAUAUGAAGAUUGUUGCUCAGGAACCUAUACCCGACCAACCCGGCUGGCAAUGGACCCACUUUGACCGUUCAGUCAGCAUGUCAACAUACCUCGUCGCCUACGUUCUAUCAGACUUUAAAUCCUUAGAAACCAGUUACACGAGCAAAGACAACAUUACUAUUCCCAUAAAAAUAUGGACGAGACCCGAAUUGAUAGGAAAGGCUAAAUACGCUUCGACGAUAACUCCGAAAUUGUUGGCGUAUUAUGAAGAAGUUUUCGGCGUACCGUACGCGUUAGAUAAAAUGGACCUGAUUGCUAUACCUGACUUCUCGAGCGGCGCUAUGGAGAAUUGGGGGCUGGUUACUUUUAGAGAAACAACCCUUCUCUUCGACGAAGCGGAAAGCGUUCCCCGCGACAAACAGAACGUAGCCAUCGACAUAGCUCACGAGCUCGCCCACCAGUGGUUCGGCAACCUCGUCACCAUGCGCUGGUGGACCGACCUCUGGCUCAACGAGGGCUUCGCGACCUACAUCGAGUAUGUAGGAGUAGACCAUGUGGAACCAGAAUGGAACAUGUUCGAGUCGUUCUCACGCGACAAAAUGGAUCUCUUACGUUCUGACGCUUUGAAGAACACUUCUCCCGUAUCGCGCAAAGUGGUGGAUGCUUCGGAAAUAUCGCAGAAGUUCGACGAGAUCUCCUAUACUAAGGGAGCUAACUUGAUUCGUAUGCUGAACCACACGAUAUCGGAGGAGCUGUUCCAUAAGGGAUUGGUGAUUUAUUUGAAUCUGUGGAAAUACUCAAACGCGGAAGAGAACGACCUAUGGGAUGCAAUGUCUCGAGCUACAAUGUCAGACCCGACGCUAAAGGAUCUGAGCGUGGUGCAGUUCAUGAACUCGUGGACGCGGCAGGCGGGCUACCCCGUCGUUAACGUCAACAGGAACUACGACAACGGACAUGUCGAGUUCGAACAGCGCCUCUUCACGUCAGCAACAGACCCGUACCAGAAGAUGAUAGACCAGCUGUGGCACAUCCCCAUCAGCUACACCGUAGUGGACUCUCCAGUAGACUCCUGGUCUACUAAGCCGAAGACCUGGCUCAAAGGACGCAUCAGUACUGUUACUGUGCCUAUCAAUGAUACUCAAGCGUUGUAUGUCAAUGUUGAUGCUAUUGGCUACUACAGAGUAAAUUACGACAAGAAAAACUGGCAACUUUUAAGCGAGGCCCUCAAAGCUGGUCACGUGAAAUCCCCCAUUACAAAGUCACAGCUCAUAGAUGACGCCUUCAAUCUCGCCAAAGUUUCCCAGUUAGACUAUAGUUAUGCACUCGGCUUGACAACCUGUGUUAUAAAUGGGGAAGACUCGAAAAUGGUGUGGGAUUUACUGUUGAAUAAUAUGGCCUUCUUGAGACAUAAUAUGAGGUCCACUUCGGGAUAUGUUUAUUUCCAAGAUUACAUGCGAAUAAUCCUAGCUAAGCAGCUAGAGCGAGUGAACUACGGGCUGAGCAAGCCGAAGGACGACAACGAGGCGUUCCUCAUCGAGAACCUCGUGAUGUGGGAGUGCUACGUGGAGGCGCCGCGCUGCCUCGCGUGGGCGCGGGAACAGUUCCGCAACUGGACCGCGCAGCACGAUGUUAAUAAUAACCCCAUCCCGUCAUACCUCCGUUCUCUAGUAUACAACAUGGCGCUGCGUCACGGCGGCCGCGCGGAGUUCGACUUCCUGUGGGACGUGUUCGUGAACUCCACCGACCCUAACGUCAAGAGUCUGGUCAUCAACAACCUGCCCAGCACUAGGGAGGAGUCGCUUAUUACUAUGCUUCUAGAAAAAUCCUUAACCGAGAUACCAAAGCAAUACGCAGUGGCAGCGUGGAGCGUAGAGCCUCCCCUGGGCAGUCGGCUGGCGCAGGACUUCUUAGUGAAGAACUUCGACCGCGUGUAUAAUAAGUUCACUCAGAUGGACGCAUUCACGUUCCCGGCGGUGCUGAGCGGCGCUUUCGGGUUUAUUUCCACUGAAGAGGAACUUAGCAAGCUAAAAUCCUUCGCCCUGAAACACAAAGAACAGUUGAUGCCGAUGUCACAAACUCUUCAGAAGCUAGUGGAUACCGCUACAUUCCGCAUCGACUGGAUCAGGAAGCAUUCUGCCGGCAUCAGCCGCUGGUUCAAGGACUAUGUCUCAGGUAAACUACCAAUAUCGCAGCAAAGUACAGUUCCUCCAACCUCGCUACCUGCUGACGUGAGCAGCGCCGCGGCCGGCGUGACGUCACCGCCCGCGCCGGUGCCUACUACUGCCGCUCCACCAGCGUAAUACAUUAUAAUAUAAAUUAAUUAUAUUUAUUUACUUAUACAAGCUAUUGACUUACAUCCGUGUCAAAUUCUUAUGCUAAUGAUUCUCGACCCAAAUCAAAAAUAAAAUGGGUAGGGUUUUUUUUAAACUUACAGAAAUUCGUCAGUGUAACCCAGCCGUAUUUAAUAUAUAAACUAAUAAACAACAAAUACUGCGCUCUCACACAUAGCAUACGCAACGAUCGUUCAUAACAAAAAUAAAUUCUGAAAUACUAUUAACCAAAAAAAGAAGCACAUAUCAGCUAUUUUCCGCAUACCAUACUUACAAUUGAUUAUUAACGUAUUUUAUGUCAACCUCCUCAAAUUUGACCCGGAUGCAAAUCAACAGCUUACAUGUUCUCGAACGUUCCUGAGACGUACAUUUAUAGUGAAGAGCUAUAAAAAACUUUAUCGACAUUGAAAUGGCAUCUAAAAUCAAUUAACCCAACUGACACGUAUAGUCGAUUUGAUUAUAUUAUUAUCUUCAUGUGAUAAUUAAUUUUGGAUAUUAUUUCAAUGAUAAUAAAGUCGAUAUUGUAUCGAUACGCUUUACUAUAUCUGUGGACAGCCCUAUAGUUUUGAAGAGCGUCAGUACUAGAAUUCGUUUUGUUACACCAAUUUCGACUUUAUUUACACAUGAUAGAGUUGAUUUCUAAUACUUCAGAGGGUUUUGAACUAUUGACCCAAAGUCGUUAAGAUCUGUAUAAUAUAAAAAUAUUAUUUAUCGAACCUCGAUAUAUGGCAGCUAAUAUAUCUAAGUUUUUUUUUUCUGAUUUUCAAAUUGGAAAAUGUAAAUGAUCUAAAAAUAUAAAGCCUAAAAUAAUUGUAAUUUAAGUAGUUUUUAUUUAGCAGUAUACAUUGCGAUAUUUAUACCUAAGCCGCGAACUAGUCGCCCGAAAUAGAAAAUUACUUUUAAUUUAAAAAAAAACUAUAUAUUUUAAUGAGUAUAUAAUUUAUUCUAAAUUCAAUUACCGUAAAAUGAAACCUAAAGUGUGCCAUUUCUAUAAAUGAGUUCAUAUUUUUGCGGUAAUUUAGAUCUAGAAAACCUUAUAUCUUUCGAAACUUGAUAUUAACUUUUACAUAAUAUACAAAAAUAAAAAUCGUCACGUGAGACAAAAUUAUUACAGUAUGGUGAAAAAUAACACUUAACUUUGUCAAACAAAUUCACAUACUGUCAAUAUAUUUCAAUUAUUUUGUAAUAGGGACAGUAUGCUCGAGAUUUGAAGACAACACUAUUUUAUAUUUAAAAUAUAUCAACUCGAUAAAAACCACGAAUAUCGAUUCUUUUUAUUUCUUAAACGAUGUUUUUUUUAAGAUUUCUAUUAUUAUGUCUAUUUUUUGUUUACGUAUUUAUAACUUAAGAUAUUAUUUAUUAGAAAUUAUAACUUUUAAAAAGUGUGUAUUUUCAUAAUAGGUAUUUGCCAAAUUAGAGUGUAGUAUGUAAAGCUAAGCUAGCUAGUUCUUAAUAUUUGGCAAAAUAAUAUGUACUUAUUAUAAUAUGUUUUAUAAAUUAAAGCUUAUAAUAAUUUUAACUUUUAUCGAAAAUUAUAGUUUUAAAGCAAACAUCACAUUUUAGUUUUAGUACAAUCAAUUAAAAUAAACACUGUUUGUUACACAUCAUAUUAUUUACAUUCUACCAAAAAUUGCCGUUCUUCAAUUGUUUUAUAUAUAUUAAAAAAUAAAAAAUACGCACAAGAGUCGAUGUAAAGAUUGUAGAAUAUAAAUAAAAUAAAAUUCUAUCGAUAAAUGCACUGCACAACACUAUGUAUUAAAGGCCUGCUUCCCACCAACGUUUUACUUUGUGUUCAGUUUUAAGUGUUAUCUUACUACGGAUUCCAAUAAUCGACCCAUCAGUGGUUUUUCGAUAAGAGAUAACUUGUAUGAAGCUAGUGUCAAUAUUUCAAUCUCUUAUCGAAAAAUGGAUGGAUCAGUUAUUGGAGUCCGCAGUUACUAUCUCAUAAUGUGGCUAUGAAAUGUAUAAUACGAAUUAGUCAUUGUCGUGUCAUAAGCUUAACCAUAGAGCAAUUUAUUUACCAAUAAAUAAACUAUAAAUAAUUUUAUGUAUGCUAAAAAUAUUUUAAAAGUUACCAAACUUAAAAAAUGUAAUGGCAAAUAUAGUUUUAAUUAAAAAAUUAAGGAGAAUAGAUAGUGUCAAAAAAUCUGUGGUGAUUACAUAAAAUAUUAUCAUAUUAUCGACAAAAGAAAACAAGAAAACAUUAUAUACAAAAAGAACAUGAAAAAUGUAAAAUAUUGCUGUGACCUAAAAGGCAGACAGUUUACUUUGAUACUAAGAAAAAAAUAAAUAUAUAAUUACCGUUAACCUAUACAUUCCUUAUUCAUAUUUAUUAAGUGCAGUUGGCAACACAGUUGACAUAAAAACCUAUUUUAUUCAACCUAUUUACACUUUCUAGAAUAAAAACUAUUUUAAUGUGUGCUAAAUAAUUUUUAUACCCAAAAUUCUUGAGAAAAGAGUUAAUUCUGUUGCCAACUGAAGUUAUUUUUAUUCAUAUUUAAUUUGUUCCUAUUUAUUAUUUAAUAAACUUCUCGAAUUUAGAUAAACUUUUUUGUUAAAAUGUAUUUGUCUAAAGUUUUAUUUGUAAGUGUUUGCAUGUGGAAGCUUCGUGUUGAAUAAAUAAUUUAAUUAUUA